UCGAUCUUUCUCCCACAAAAAUUCUGCAAUUCUGGAGAAAGCUAAAGGUCUCGCCUUUAUCAAGUAAUCAAGAAGAAGAUGCUGUUUCAGGUAGGAGGUGAUGGCACGCGCCCUACCUUCUUCGAGAUGGCCGCAGCUCAGCAGCUUCCAUCUAGCCUCCGCGCCGCUCUCACAUACUCCCUCGGCGUUUUUGCAUUGAGAAGAUCGUUUCUUCAUAGAAUCUUAGACUACGAGGAUGAGUUCUUUGCUGCUCUGAUGCUUGUUCUCGAAGGACAUAGCUUACGAACCACAGAUGCUUCGUUUGCUGAAUCAUUGUAUGGUUUAAAGAGGAAGUCAGUGAGAUUGAGAUUGAGAUUAAGCAAAGGUUCUGGUUUAGAGAAACGCCAGAGGAUCCUCUCUGUUGUGUUUCUGGUUGUGUUACCGUAUUUUAAGUCCAAGUUGCAUGGUAUAUAUAACAAGGAGAGGGAAGCGAGGCUCCGGGAGAGUAUAUGGGGAGAAGAGGAUCAAGGGUUUGAUGAAGCUGACUUUUUCACAGGGGAGGAGCCAGUUGUUUCAAGAGGGGAUAGUGGGGAUCAGGAGCUUUCUGUUCGAGUGCAGGUAGCUACGAGGAUUAAAAAGUUUGUAGCUGUGUGCUAUCCUUGGAUACAUACUGAAGGAUUAUCAUUCACUUACCAGCUCUUAUAUCUACUCGACGCUACUGGAUUUUAUUCCCUUGGAGUUCAAGUUUGUCGAGCUACAGGGCAAGAGCUGAUGGAUACAUCAUCAAGAAUUUCAAAAAUAAGAAACCAUGAGCGUGAGAGACUUCGUGGUCCUCCAUGGCUAAAAACAGUGCAAGGGGCACUUCUCAGCUGUUCAUAUGCAGUGCUUGAUUACGCCCAAACCGGUUUAAUUGCAGCAGUUUUUAUCUUUAAAAUGAUGGAGUGGUGGUAUCAAUCAGCUGAAGAGAGAAUGACAGCUCCCACCGUGUACCCUCCACCUCCACCUCCUCCAUCCCCAAAGGUGGCUAAAGAAGGAAUCCCUCUACCUCCUGACAGGACUCUCUGCGCGUUAUGCUUGCAAAAACUUGCAAACCCAUCAGUUGUAACAGUCUCUGGAUUUGUCUUCUCCUAUUCUUGCGUAUUCAAGUAUGUUUCACAGUACAAGCGAUGUCCAGUGACAUUGAUUCCAGCAAGCGUGGAUCAGAUUAGGAGGUUGUUUCAUGACACUUAGAGACAAUCGGUUUAAUGGUUUUAAGCCAAACAUUGAGCGCUUUGUUCUCAAUCGUUGGUUUGGAGGUGGCGCAACCAGUGUGUACACUGGAAGAGCUAAAAGACUGCCAAGUGAGGCUCCUAAUUCCACAAUUGGUUUAUGUAUAUAAGCUUUCUUGUAGAGUUCAUCAAGUGCAUCUUGUAUUGCAAGAAAGAUGUGUUGCUCCUAACUGAAGCUGAAUUUGAUGAAGACAAAGAAAGCAGACAGAUACUUUUUUGUUUCCUUCUUAGUUUCGACUUCAAAAGGAAUUGUAUAUUUUCUACAGGAUAGAAUAAAA